AUGACUUCUGUUCCAGACGCUACAGUGGCCGCAAAUUAGCAAGCAGAAACAGAAAGCUUCCUCAAGCGUAUUCGUUCAUCAUAUGUUUGCGUUCAACCCUAAUGAACUUAUUUUCCCAUAUAUACUGGGAAUUAUUCUAAGCAAGACGAAGCAUUGUGGCAUGGUAUUCUUCGAACCACUGCACGCAUCGAACAGAUAAAGUAUCAAAACUCACCAAAAUGAAGAGUGUUUUCACCCUCAUAGACAAUGCUUGGAUGGGCUCAAAGUUGUUGUACAAGUGGCAGAAAUCCCUUGGAAAUUACUUAGCUGUUGCAGGACAGGACAGCUCAGUGAAAAUAUUUGAUCGUCAUGGACACAAGUGGGCUGAAAUUAGCCUUCCUGGACGCUGUGUGGGGAUGGACUGGGAUAAGGAUGGGGAUAUUUUGGCAGUGAUUGCAGCAAAAUCCAGCUCCAUAUACCUUUGGGAUGCCAGUGUUAAUAAAACAUCCAAGAUUGACAGUGGAAUGAGAGAUCACAUGUCUCUGGUUGUGUGGUCAAAAAUUAGCCCUCUGCUGGCAGCUGGGACUGCAAAAGGAAACCUGUUAAUCUACAAUCAGCAGACCUCACACAAGAUUCCAAUAUUAGGAAAACAUACCAAGAAAAUCACCUGUGGCUGCUGGAAUGCUCAGAAUCUUCUGGCCCUUGGCUGUGAUGACAAUAAUCUGAGCAUAAGCAAUCAAGAGGGAGACACAAUCCGAGAGAUAAAACUGCGUGGUGCUCCUGCAGACAUUUACUUUUCCAUGAUGAAAACAAGCGAAAGGACAUCUCAGGGAGAGAACACCGUGAGUGUUUGCGUGGAAAAGAAAAUGUUGGUUCUUUUCACUGUCAACAACACCGACGACUGGUAUGAGCUGGCAUUUGACGCGAGUUAUGGGCGCAUCGUCUCUUAUCGUUGGUUUGGUGAUGGAUAUAUACUCAUUGGCUUCUCUCAUGGAUACUUCGUGGUCAUUUCCACUCAUGUCAGAGAGAUUGGGCAUGAGCUUUGCCAGGCUCGAAAUCAUAAAGACAGUCUCAACAGCGUAGCCAUCUCAUCGGCAUUAAACAAGGCUGCUUCCUGUGGGGACAACAGCAUAAAGAUCCACGAUCUGUCUGACCUCAAAUACAUUAGCAAUGUGAUUCAGCUGGAAGAUGAGACUAAAGGUCUGGACCAGCUGAGUUGGACAGAUGAUGGCCAAUUGCUGGCAGUAUCCACACAGAAAGGCACUCUUCAUGUCUUCCUCACAAAGCUUCCUAUUCUGGGGGAUAGCUAUGGAACAAGACUGGCUUACCUGACAUCUUUGUUGGAGGUCACUGUGUCAAACUAUGGGACAACUCCAGUGGCCAUACAAGUGGAAGUAGAACCAACCUUCAUCGCUGUGGGACCCUACCAUGUAGCUGUUGGAAUGAACAACAAAGCCUGGUUCUACGCACCGCUUGAACAAGAAUCUGCUUUCGCCAAACUGAAGGAGAUUGAGUACUUUGGGACGGUUGCCAACAUGUGCCUUAAUGCAAAAUAUGCUGCAGCAUUGUUUGAUGGUAAAGUACAACUGCACAUGAUUGAUGGCAGUGAGCAGGAGGAGAGGAAGCAGAUGAAGUUGUUUCCAGACGAUGACAGAAAAGGUCGUAUCUUUUGCCAUGCACUCACUGCUGACUUCCUCUACUAUGGCACUGAUUUAGGUAACGUGGUGUGUGUCCUUGUAGAGGAUUGGGAGACUGUGAGCACAUUUAGUCACACCGUGGCAGUGAGUAAAGUUUUCCCUGAUGUAAAUGGUACACGGUUGGUCUUCAUUGAUGACAAGAAGAGUGGCUUCCUGCUCACCCUUUCAAAUGCUGCAGACUUGUGCCUUGAGCUUCCAAACUUCUCCCCCACCAUCACUGGAGUGCUGUGGGACAACUGGCAUGCUGACAGAGGAGUGUUUGUAGCUUAUGACGAUGACAAAGUCUACACCUACGCCGUGCAUAAAACCACCAUAUAUGGCCCGCGAGUGGUGUUAGUGGGGAAUACUCCACUUCUCUCCUCCCAGAAGCCUACGCUGCUCUACAACGGGGUGCUGACAUGCCAGACGGCGAGCGGCAAGAUCAGUGAAGUGGCUCUGAGCACACACUCCUUCCUUGAACACUCAACAAACACAUGGUCUGGGUCACAGCCAGAACUUGGCAAGCAGCUCACACAGGCCCUCCAGCUUAAGAGGUUUUAUGAAGCCUGGGAUCUGUGCUUGACUGAGGGCAGUGAUGCCAACAAGGCAGAGAUUGGCAAGGCCUGUCUGGUCCAUAUGGAGGUCGAGCUAGCCAUCUACUUUUACCGCAUGAGUGGCAAUGUGGGCAUGGUGAUGUCACUACAGGCCAUCCAGGGCAUCGAGGAUAAUAACUUACUGGCAGGCCAUUUGGCCAUGUUCCUGGAGGACUUCUGUCUCGCUCAGGACCUUUAUCUGGCCUCAAGUUGCCCCAUAGCUGCCCUGGAGAUGAGGAGAGACCUGCUACACUGGGACAGCGCUCUGAAAUUAGCUAAGGGUUUAGCAGAAGACCAGAUUCCAUUUCUCUCCAAAGAAUAUGCUGUUCAUCUGGAGUUUAUUGGAGACUACAUGAAUGCUCUGGCGCACUAUGAGAAAGGCUUGACUCAUAAUAAUAAAUUCCAGGAACAUGAUGAGGUGUGCCUGGCAGGUGUAGCCAGGAUGUCCAUUCGGAUGGGUGACAUAAGGAGAGGAGUGGCGCAAACUAUUCAGCACCCAAGUAGAGUCCUUAAGAAAGAAUGUGCAGCCAUACUGGAAAGUAUGAAGCAAUUUUCUGAAGCUGCUCAGCUCUAUGAAAAAGGACAGUGUUACGACAAAGCAGCAUCUGUUUAUAUCCGCUGUAAAAAUUGGGCUAAGGUGGGAGAGUUGCUGCCCAAUGUCACCUCUUCCAAGAUCCACCUGCAGUAUGCUAAAGCCAAGGAGGCAGAUGGGAAUUAUAAAGAGGCAGCACAAGCCUAUGGGAGCGCUAAAGACUGGGACAGCGUGACUCGUGUGCUGCUGGAUCACUUAAAAAAUCCAGAAGGUGCUGUUCGUAUUGUCAGAGAGACACAAAGCAUUGAAGGAGCAAAGAUGGUGGCCAGGUUCUUCUUGUCAUUAAAUGACUAUGGCUCGGCCAUCCACUUCCUGGUGCUGUCUCAAUGCAAUGAUGAAGCCUUCCAGCUUGCUCAGCAGCACAAACAGAUGGAAGUCUACGCGGACAUCAUCGGCUCUGAUGCAACGCUGGAGGACUAUCAGAGCAUUGCUCUGUACUUUGAGGCAGAGAAGAACCAUCUGCAGGCAGGCAAAUUCUUUCAAAAGUGCGGACAAUACAGCAGAGCAUUGAAGCAUUUCCUGAAGUGUCCUAACACGGAGGACAGCCUGGCAUUGGACAUGGCCAUUGAGACCGUGGGCCAAGCCAAGGACAGCUCCCUGACUAAUUUACUAAUAGAAUACCUCAUGGGGGAGAGUGAUGGCAUCCCAAAGGAUGCCAAGUACCUUUUCCGUCUCUACAUGGCAUUGCAACAGUACAGGGAGGCUGCUCGUACUGCUAUCAUCAUCGCCAGGGAAGAGCAGAAUGCAGGUAACUACCGUAGCUCCCACAACGUGCUGUUCAGCAUGUACACACAACUGCAAGCCCACAAGAUAAAAAUUCCUGCAGAAAUGGCUACUAACCUGAUGAUACUGCAUUCAUACUUGCUCGGAAAAAUUCAUAUCAAGAGAAGAGACCACCUUAAAGGGGCACGUAUGCUCAUUCGUGUCAGCAAAAAUAUCAGCAAGUUUCCUGCACAUGUUGUGCCCAUUCUUACAUCAGCGGUCAUUGAAUGUCACCGAGCUGGGUUGAAGAACUCCGCUUUUGGCUUUGCUGCCAUGCUCAUGCGCCCCGAGUACAGAAACGAGAUACACCAGAACUACAGGAAGAAGAUUGAGGCUAUGGUUCGGCGUCCAGAUACGACAGAGUUGGAAGAGGAAACUACCCCAUGCCCUUACUGUGGCUUCCAACUUCCACAGAACGAACUGCUGUGCAUCUCCUGCAAGAACAACCUGCCCUAUUGCAUCGCCACAGGUCGUCAUAUGCUGAAAGAGGACUGGUCUGUGUGUCCUCAUUGUGAAUUUCCUGCACUCUACUCUCAGUUCAUCCUGUUAUUGGAGACUGAGACUGUAUGUCCCAUGUGUUCAGAGACUCUGAAUGCACAGCAGGUGAAGAAGAUCAAGGAUUGUUCCAUGUACUUGCAGAGAGAUCAAGUGGAUCAAUGAAGAUAUCAUCAGCGCCUGGCAAUGGAAAAACAACGGGGAGGACGGACUGAUAAGCAGCAGCGUCAACAUGCCCCACUCUGCAGACCAGUUUUCAGCCAGACAAUUUACACGAUGAAAGCAAUAAAGAGAAGCACUUCACUA